GUUGUUCCACCUGUCCUGUUCAGUAAUGUUGAGGUUGUUUUACCUGUCCUGUUCAGUAAUGUUGAGGUUGUUUUACCUGUCCUGUUCAGUAAUGUUGUUGAGGUUGUUCCUCCUGUCCUGUACAGUAAUGUUGUUGAGGUUGUUCCUCCUGUCCUGUACAGUAAUGUUGUUGAGGUUGUUCUUCCUGUCCUGUACAGUAAUGUUGUUGAGGUUGUUCUUCCUGUCCUGUACAGUAAUGUUGUUGAGGUUGUUCUUCCUGUCCUGUACAGUAAUGUUGUUGAGGUUGUUCCUCCUGUCCUGUUCAGUAAUGUUGAGGUUGUUCCUCCUGUCCUGUUCAGUAAUGUUGAGGUUGUUCCUCCUGUCCUGUUCAGUAAUGUUGAGGUUGUUCCUCCUGUCCUGUUCAGUAAUGUUGAGGUUGUUCCUCCUGUCCUGUUCAGUAAUGUUGAGGUUGUUCCUCCUGUCCUGUUCAGUAAUGUUGAGGUUGUUCCACCUGUCCUGUUCAGUAAUGUUGAGGUUGUUCCUCCUGUCCUGUUCAGUAAUGUUGAGGUUGUUCCUCCUGUCCUGUUCAGUAAUGUUGAGGUUGUUCCUCCUGUCCUGUUCAGUAAUGUUGAGGUUGUUCCUCCUGUCCUGUUCAGUAAUGUUGAGGUUGUUCCUCCUGUCCUGUUCAGUAAUGUUGAGGUUGUUCCACCUGUUCAGUAAUGUUGAGGUUGUUCCUCCUGUCCUGUUCAGUAAUGUUGUUGAGGUUGUUCCUCAUUCUCUUCUUUCCUUAUUUCUUUGUCUUAUUUGGAAUGUUUUUCCUCCUUUGUGUCCCCGUCGUCUUACGUCAGGUGACGUCGCUCGUCCCUUUAAAGUCCGACGUAGGACGCCGGUGUGUCCCUCCCAGAGGCGUGUGUGUCCCUCCCAGAGGCGUGUGUGUCCCUCCCAGAGGCGUGUGUGUCCCUCCCAGAGGCGUGUGUGUCCCUCCCAGAGGCGUGUGUGUAGUGUACAGUGGUAGGUAGGUCAUA